AUGUCAGUAUCCUUGCCUCCCGACUUCGAAUGGGGAUUUGCGACGGCCUCGUAUCAGAUUGAAGGAGCUGUGAAUGAAGAUGGGCGCGGAAAAUCAAUCUGGGAUACUUUCUGCCAUCUUGAGCCUACAAGGACCAAGGGGGCCGAUGGAGAUGUCGCUUGCGACCACUACAACCGAUUUGAGGAGGAUUUCGAUCUUCUCUCGAAGUACGGCGCAAAAGCAUACCGAUUCUCAAUUUCCUGGUCGCGGAUCAUUCCACUGGGAGGAAGAAAUGACCCAAUUAACGAAUCGGGCAUCGCGUUUUAUGACAAACUCAUUGAUUCCUUGCUUGCCAGGGGAAUCACGCCAUGGGUCACUCUCUAUCAUUGGGACCUCCCUCAGGUCAUUCAUGAUCGAUACGGAGGUUGGUUGGAUGUGGAGGAGUCACAGCUUGACUUUGAGCGGUAUGCACAGGUUUGCUAUGAGAGAUUUGGAGACCGAGUCAAGAACUGGAUCACACUGAAUGAGCCGUGGAUUGUUUCUAUCUUCGGAUACGCCACUGGCGGAAAUGCGCCCGGGCGAAGCAGUAUAAAUCCACAGUCCAAAGAGGGCGAUACUACUACGGAGCCAUGGAUUGUCGGAAAAGCCUUGAUCAUGAGCCACGCUCGCGCUGUCGCUUUAUAUAACCGGAAGUUCCGAGCUUCUCAACAAGGAAAGAUUGGAAUCUCCCUGAAUGGCGAUUACUACGAGCCCUGGGACAGUCAGGACGAGCGCGACCAGCAAGCUGCUGAGCGCCGGAUGCAAUUCCAUAUUGGAUGGUUUGCGAACCCCGUUUUUCUAGCACAAGACUACCCCGAAUGCAUGAGAGAGCAACUCGGUGAGAGACUCCCUAGCUUCACGGAGUCGGACUUUGCUCUGCUUAGGGAGGCCGACAUGGACUUCUACGGAAUGAACUAUUACACCUCCCAAUUUGCCCGGCAUCGCGACGAGCCUGCGCUUGAGACCGACUUUAUGGGGAAUGUGGAUGAACUACAAGAAAACAAGCAAGGUGUAUCAGUCGGAGAGAAAAGUGGUGUGCAUUGGCUCCGGUCAACCCCGGAUCUUUUCCGGAAGCACUUGACGCGAGUAUAUCGUACAUAUGGCAAGCCUAUCUAUAUCACAGAGAACGGAUGCCCAUGUCCUGAUGAGGAUAAAAUGACAUGCGAAGAGGCUGUCAACGAUACCUACCGAAUCCAAUACUUCAAGGAUCAUCUCGAUGCGGUUGGAAGAGCACGCACAGAGGAUGGCUCUGAUAUCAAAGGAUAUUUCGCGUGGUCAUUGAUGGACAAUCUAGAAUGGUCCGAUGGAUACGGGGUUCGUUUCGGCGUUACCUUUACCGACUAUAACACCCUAGAAAGAACGCCGAAGCAAUCCGCAUUGUUGUUGAAAGGCAUGUUCGAUGAACGCAUGGGUGGCAACGCAUCUGGAUCCCAAUAG